CGGGACUUCCUGGCGAAUAUAGCUUUGCGGCCUCUGCUGAAGGGCACCCGUCUCAUUCUGCUAGCACAGGGGUCGAGUGGUAAAAGGACCAUUAAAAUCCAUCAUGGGAGGACACGACGCUGGAAGCCAGUACCAGUUCACUGGGAUUGCCAAACACUUCAAUUCAUACACAAUCCUUGGAAGGAGAAAUUGUGUAUUGGCCACAUAUGCAACCCUACUAGCUAUUGGCAUUUACUUCAAAUUCAAGCCCAAGAAGCAGCCCGCUGUCACAGAAAAGUGAUCACGCGCUCAUUUUGACCAUCAUUUCUAACAGCUGGGAGAGGAGAAAGCUGCUGGACAUGCUUGUAAAAUAUGACUGUUUGGUUUCCCUAUCUUAACAAUAAAGAACAUUUAUGUCCAAAACAUAGAAAA